GGGGGGAAGGGAAAAUCCACAGCCUGGGUGCGAGGAAACAAUCCCAAGAAUGUUAUACAGCAUGACGAUGGGAAAAAAAUAUAUCCCUGGGAAGCCUGCAGAAAGGGAGGGGUUAACGUGUUUCAACGCCCUGGAAAGCCUCCUCCUGUCCCUCCCCCAUCUCUCCCCAAAUCGCCAAGGAAUUGCACAAAAGUGGGAAAAUAAAAAAAAAAGUGCUGAUUUUUUUUUUUUUAAUAUACUUUGGGUAAUCGGAACAAACAAAGUUCUUUGCUCUCCCCUAAAGGAGGCGCCUUUGAUGAGAGUAAAAUAAACUGCAGCUGGGACCUCUGUGUGAAGCAGGAAUUAGCUGGGCUGUGCGCGUCUGUCUCGCGUGCUGCCUCUGUGGUGCUUGGCUGCUGCUUUUUUGGAUACCCGGUCCUUUUGACACUUUCUCAAAGGAAAGCAUUUGGUGGCCUUUCCCCACCCCCCCGCCCCUUCCCUGCUCUCCCUCUUGAGUGGAAGAAUGAUUCCUGAAAUCCAAGACGUUUGCUCUUUCCUGGGAUUUUUGCUCCUUUUUAUUGCCUCUGAGGUUGAAGCCAGAGCUCGUCCAGGUAUGUUCUGUGACUUUAGCGGCAAGAAGUACAGUCCAGGAGAGAGCUGGCAUCCUUACCUGGAGCCUCAAGGGCUGAUGUACUGCAUCCGAUGCACCUGCUCGGAGAGCAUAAGCGUGAGCUGCUACCGGAUCCAGUGCCCGGCCGUGCAUUGCGUCAACCCCGUCACCGAGCCCCAGCAGUGCUGCCCACGCUGCGCCGAGCCGCACACGCCGUCUGGCCUCCGAGCGCCUGUGAAGUCUUGCCAAUACAACGGGACGACCUACCAACAAGGGGAGAUGUUUACCACCAGUGAACUCUUCCCUUCUCGGCAGCCCCAUCAGUGCGUCCAGUGCAGCUGCUCCGAAGGCCAGAUUUACUGCGGCUUGGUGACAUGCCCUGAGCUGCUGUGCUCCUCUCCCCUCGCCGUGCCAGACUCCUGCUGCCAAGUCUGCAAAGAUGGUUCCUAUGAGAAAUCCACCGAAGAGGAGCCCCUGCAAUUAAACAGAGGUGUUAGACAUUCCCAAGAGCAGUGCUCCGGUGAAAUGGCCAGCCGGAGGUCAGGUCACCGGGGGGUGACUCCAUCCCCUAUCAUGAGUUCCUCGCUGGAGUUCAUCCCCCGGGGCUUCAAGCCGAAAGGGGCAGGUGGCACCACAGUCCAAAUCGUCUUGAAAGAAAAGCAUAAGAAAGCUUGCGUUUACAACGGGAAGACCUACUCCCACGGAGAGGUGUGGCACCCUGUCUUCCGAUUGUACGGCACCCUGCCAUGCAUCCUGUGCACAUGCAAAGAUGGGGUCCAGGACUGCCAGAAGAUCACAUGUCCCAAGGAAUAUCCCUGUGAAUAUCCAGAGAAAGUAGAAGGGAAGUGCUGCAAAGUAUGCUCAGAGGCCAGAGUCAAGCCCACUGAUGAAAUAAGCACCCCCAAAUGUACCAAGCAUCUGAACAGGGUUUUGGUCUACAUGUUUGUGCCCCCCAGCUCGGAGAACCCCAAGGAGCUCCUGCGGAAGAUUGCCAUUGAGAAAGAAGCUUCCGAUGAAGUGGAAAUUUACAACUGGAAACUGGUAAAAGGGAUAUUUCACUUGAUACAGAUCAAGAAGAUUAGGAAACAGGAGUUCAAGCAAGAAGCAAAGAACUACAGGCUGAUCACCAGAACGAAUGAAGGUCACUGGAACAUCUUCAGAGCCCAAACAUCAGAACUUAAGAUGACAGAAAGUCCAGAGAAAGAAACAAAGAACUUGUGAAGAAAAAAAUUAUAUAAAUAUAUGAAAAAAUGCAUUAUUAAAUAAACUGGCACAGCAAUAAAAGGAAAAAAAAAAAGACUAAUGUAAAUUAAAAACUCAAGCAACCAAACCAAACCAGCGACAACAGAUCUGAGUGUGAAAUACAGCUACAACCAUGGAGGCGACAGCCUUGGGAGUGCUCCAACAGAUGAGCAGGGGGUCAACCUACUUUCUUCUGCUUCUCCGAGAUUUCAGGUGUGUGAAGAAAGGCAAAGUGGGCAGGAGAGAUGCCUGGAAGGCCUGGUUCACUGCGAAGGAAGAAAACGCAACCCCCCGUCUCCAGCUGCUGGUACCUCUCGAGAGCGUCAUGAGCUGAUGAUGAAACAGUAUGGGAAUCUCCUUCCUUCCACCAUGACCAGCUUAGAGGGAACCUGCAAAGAAAGAAAAUGCCCUGUUUUCUUCCUUGGCAUUUUUGUGAUGUACAACCUUCCCCUACCACCACUCCCACCUCAUCAAACAAUAUUAUUUAGGGCUAUCAGGGCUUCAUUUCUCUGUUGUAGCUGGAAGGUUUCCUGGAGGACUUGAGACCCAGUGUUGUUCUUAUCCCAUCAAACACCCAAGCCAAGGUUCAGCCUGGUUCUCAGCACACACAAAACGUGAGUCCUCUGAGGAGUGCUGCUACCUUUUCUGGACUGAACUAUCUUUAUUCUUGAAGUCAGGCGCGUGCUCUGGAACCUGGCCGAAUCAGAGCCCUGAACAAGGCGCUAAAAGGAAAGAGGAUGCUUAGUUCAAUUAUUUGCGAUGACUUGUAUUGGGUUUCUUUUACUUACGACCUGUUUAAUCCAAACUCCUGACCAGCAGCAGGAAAUAAGGUUCUCUUUGUGAAAGACUCAGAUCUCCUUCUCACUCAUUGGGCAUGUCUACAUAUGCAUUUAUGCUGGCUUCAAUUGGCUGCACAAUAAGUUACUGCGCAUUAAGUGGGAAUAGGCUGGUGUCUACACGCACAGGCGUUAAAGUGCAUUAAUGCUGUGUGUGGACUGACCUGGGACUAAAGUUAGGCCCCAGUUAGUCCCAAGUCAGUCCCAGGUCCCAAGUCAGUCCACACACAGAGUGUUACUGCGCAGUAAGGUAUUUAUACAUGCAUUAGUGUGCAGUAACUAAUUGAGCAUAAACAUGAUACAGGUAUCAAAUUUACGCUCAAGUCGGCAUAAGUUGCCAUAUUUACUGCACAGUACGGGCAUGCACAUGCAGAUGUGCACCCAUACUACACAGUAGUUUUGGUUACUGCGCAGUAAAUGCGUACAUAUAGACAUGCCCAUUCAGACACAGGCCAGAUCCAUUCUGAGUGUUGUUCUCGAUGGUCAUAUCUACACGAUAAACUCACUGUGAUCCAUUGUGCGACUCUAGGUAGGUAGUAGUCAACAGCCGUUGAUCCCUGUGGAUCAUGGUGUAUGUGUGAACGGUCACCAGGACCUUCAAUGCAGAUACCUAGGGAAGAGUACUGAGGAGUGGAGGCUGCCCAUGAGGCUGCUAAUUCAUUAAGCAUGCUAAUUAACUUGACUGGUGCCCUUGUGUGGACACAGCUACAUCCCUUCUGGCCUAGGAAUCAAGCUGCCUAUAGCAAUGCCACUGCUGGGGCGCGUGGUGAGGUUUACCUUGCCGAUCUAAAUGGGCUUCCAGCAAAAACAGGGGAGACCAGGUUUGAUAUUCCAGAUACUCUAAGACAGAAAAGGAGCAAAACAAAAAGAUUUCUGUGAAUUAAACAAGUGGGGGAACAUGGUUACGUUUCCUCUGUGCCUUACACCCCAUGGCUUCAAGAGCACAAAUAGAGCAGAGCCAACAGGAGGAGUUGGGGGAUGGAUUUCCUCUUUGCAGAUCAUUUUAAAUGAACUUUCCUAUGAGGUGUGCUCAUGGGCAGCUUCAGGCUCUAAAAAUUGCCCGCUAAAUCCAGAGCUGAGAGCGGUGAAUGAUGUAGAAGGGUCUAAUUCUUCCCUGGUGUAAUUCCAUUGCCUUCAAUGGACUUACCCAGGGUUGAAUUUGAUUUACUUUUUUAACCCCCAGUGUUUUUCUCUCUGCUAAUUGUUCUUGCUUGCCCCCUGGGCUGGUGCGGCACUUCCUUUCAGCUUUAAGAAAUCUAGGAAAUACCCUGCCGCUUGCCUUCCCACAUGGACUUCACCUAGGUGAAGCUCAGCUAGCAAAUGGAUGAUGCCUCUUCCCUUACACACCUGCUGCUCCUAUCAUCAGACAAGAGUAUUUCCCUACCCCAGGAACCUUGCCAAGCCUAGUAAUCAAUUAUGAUCAUUCCUUCUAUCCACAGUCUCACCAUGCGUCCCCUUUCAGGAUACCCGAAGCAUGUGAUGCACGGUGAGAGGCUUAUAUUCUGCUCUCAGUUGCUUUCAUAUAGAUCCAGAAGGAACCUAUUGAAGUCAAUGGGCCCGGUGUAUGCUUGAGAGGAGAAUCAGGACCAUAGACUGAGAAACACUUUUCUGUGGUGAGUCAAGAGGCAAAAUGAAUGUCAUGCAAAAUCCCAUGGCAUUGCAGAGCCAAGGGUAGCAGAAACUGCUCGCUGAGGGCCAUACCCACUAGAGUGGACCUUAACCAGUGAGCAGCCAGAUGGCCAUAUUAGUAAAGCUGGUACAAAUCCAGAAUGGUUAUAUUGGCAGCCUUGCAGGGAUCUGGGCCUGGUCUAUAUAGAGUGAAUUUGGCAGGGUACCAAAGCCCAUUUGGAUCCUGAUCAGGCUGAAAAGAUGCAGUGAGUCAUGGGGGAGGCCACGUACCAAAGGUGGGACUCACUCUUGAUAGACCUUACACAAUAGCCUCCCCACUCUCUUGUCUCCCUUACAGGGAUUAGUUUUCAGCUACUUGGGUUUUAUGGAGGUUGAGUUUUCUGGAACCUCUUUAGUCCGCUUGACUUUCCAACCAGAUGUUUAACAGAGGUUGCUGUCCUCCAAGCAAGACACCAUUUUCAGACACAGGUGCUGAGCACUGGGCACUCAAGUCAUAGUCAUGUACCUGAAAAAGGGAUCUGAUUUUCAGGGGUCCCAAGGGCCUGUCGUCAGUGUUGGCAGGCAGGCACCUGGGUCAGUCGGUGGUGUCUGCAGAUGGGUCUGCACUGCCUCUUAGAAAUGCUGCUGGGAAAUACUCCCCCAGCACCCUUCCACUCAGCACCCAGCAGCACCUGGAAAUCAGGCAGGGUAGCUAGAUGGGUAUGGAGUGAGCCUGUCCUAGGCGUGCUUCUUGGAGUGUGCUGGGGGCCACACACACAGGCCUGCAUCUCCACAGCACUCCUGGGCUCCCUGUCAAGCCAACAUGUCUUUAGUCAUCAAAGCCAUGCUUGUGCAGUUCUGUUCCUCCCUUCAGAUCCUGGGGGAUCCACUUCAGAGGCUCCAAAGUGGAUCAUAAAUCCCCUUGGGCUGUCUUGAGGUGUCACGCAAUCAGAGUCUCCUCCUGAUGAUCCAUCAUGUGAAACACGGGGGAGUCCUGAGACGCAUCUGACCCUUUGGUGCGGUAGCUGAGGGCUUUUGCUGGGAACCAGCAUCCCCGCCUGAGUGUAUUGCUUUACCUGGCACCCAGCCUCAGCAGUAGCCCCCAGGGAUGACCCUCGGGACCACAUGGGCGGCUGCUGGCAAUGCCUCAGUCCUCUCCGUAAUUGCAUGGAGAGCCUGGGUGGUCCCAAGACUCCGGGCCUGAGGACGGUGGCCCACCAUAAUGCAAUUAUGCAGUUGUACUUUGGCUGCGGGAUUUUACACCUGCACUUCCCACCCUCUCUGCUGCCCAUCCCAAGGGGACAGAAACUCCCUGCUGCUCCAUCUUCCUUCUGAGGACCAGCCAGGGAGCAUUACAGGAGAUAACUUGGCCCACGGGGAAAUCUUUCAGAAGCAGGUGCCCCCAGCGUGCCCUGCCCGGCGGGUGUUACAGAAGGUGGACCCCAUCCGCACCCUCCCCAGGUGCAGCAAAACCCUGCUGAUGACCCCCCCCCCAAGAACAAGUCUCAUUUGUUCCUUGAUCCAGGGCGAUCCAAGCCGAUACUAUGGUUGUACUUACUUUCACUUGAAACUUGAUGUUAAUUUAUAUGGCAAUGAGGGGGCUGGUCCUGCUCCCAGUGAAACCAAUGGCAAAGCUCCCAUGGGUUUCAGUGGGGGUGGGACAGGGCCCUGCCAGUGGCACCGUGAAGCCUGGUGAAAUGCCACAGCGGCUCUCGGUGCCACGAAGUUUGGACAUUCCCCCUUGGCUUUUACUUUCAAGUCAACGACCUCUGCUUGGGAAGAAACAUUUCCUUGCUAACAUAGCCUGCAAAGAUAUAGCCUCUGGAGCUAGCAGCUCUCUGGCUCCGAGAGCCUAACCAGUGCACUAAAGGUAGCUAUUUAGCACAUUAUUAUCCUGCAUUUAUAUAUCUUACAUAAUAUCAACGGUACUAUAUUCACAGGAGGGAGUAUCUCCCAAAGGGAAAACAGAACCAUUUCUUCUAAGUUCAUAAGAGGAGGGUGUGCUGUAGCACCGGCAUUUACACUGACUGGAAAGAGCUUUGGGGGAUUUUCAGAUUGUGCGGUAUAUGUAUUUAUCCCUGUUUUUGGUUUUGAUAAAUCUAUUUAUUUGGAGAUUCAUAUCUGUCUGAUUAAAGUGUUUUCUCAACCUG